GACAGCUUUUCAUAACCUCGUACUCGAUUCGAUUCUCAUAAAAAGAAAAAUAAUCCAUAAGUCACAGGUCAGUUUUAAAACUAGAAAAAUCUAAUUUUAAGUGGUAAGAAGGAACUUUCCGUAUUGUUUUGAUCGGUUUUUAUGAACCGACAGCAUCUAAAAGUGAGGAAUUGAAAACCGAUGGGUGUAGGGCAUAUUUUUGUAUGGUACCAACAUAAAAUUGGAACAUAUGAUAAGCAACAAUGGGAAACAAAUAUCGAACAAAGAGAACAGAAAAUAAUUGGUUUGAAUCAUGUACAGACUAGAAGUACAAAACCAAAUACUGAUUUGAUAGAUCUCGAUCUUGUUAGAGGUUCGUCAUUUACAAAAGCCAAACCUCAACAUGGAUUUAUUAAAGUGACAAAGCUAGCAACAUUACGAUGCAUAUUUUUUCCUUUAUAUGGGAAGUGGUGGAUAAACCAGACAUCCUAUUAUGUUUUUACAAUUACUCUGUUAACUUACAUAGCAGAAGUAAUCAAUAUCAUAUAUUUUUUCAAUACAUACACUUCUAUUGAUCUUCAUAAUUCUGAUACUCAUUCCUUUAUGGAAAUAUUUGUACCUGCAAUAAUGAUGUGGGUUCUUAGUUUAAUCCACUCACAAAUAGUAGCUACAUCACCCAAUACAGAAAAGUUGUCUUCCCACAAAUUAAAAAGGAAAGUAUACAAAAAGAAGUCUAGCUUGAAAAAAAGCACCAAAUUGGUUAGUUGGAAUGACAAAGAAUAUUCAUCUAAACAAUCAACCAAGAAUAAUGAUAAUGUUAAAGAUUUGAAAGGGUCUGGAGAAAAAUCUGGAAGAAGUUGUAAAGAGAAAAUAGAAAGAACAUUCAUUGAAAAGUGCAAUGCUAAUUCAAAUGAUAAGCCAGUUCAUAAUGACUUUGCCAGUUCUGAUUCAGAAAGUGAGGCAAACACUGUGUUUGAGACCAAAAGAAGGCCAUCAGUACCAAAGAAACCGCCGGUACAUGUACCGAUAAUAAGCGUCAGUUCUUUAGAUGACAAUGGCUGCGACACGGACGAGGAAGAUGAAGAAGAAGAAGCUGUGUCAUCUGGUGACGUUAGGGCGGCUAACAACCAAUCCGACAACUUCUUAUGCGAUCUCACUUCCUCAGCAACUGAUUGGAUGGGAGUGACGACCAAUAGCGAAGAGGAAUGCAGUUACAGUUCUGAUCUCAAUGAUAAUUUGAUCGAAAUGCAGGAGUGUUCGAAGUACGAUAACGAAAUGGCACCCACGGCCAUUCUGAAUCCGCCGUCUGGGAAAGUGAGUUGCAUAAUAUGGGAACGCAACGAGAUAAAGAAGGCCGAUCUCUCGAUGCUGGAUAUAAGCUCAACAAUAAUCGGCAACGUCGAAUCAGUGCCCGAAUGCCUAGACUAUUUCUACGUAGGAGUUUUCUUCUCAGUCAUCUUAGCUGUACUACCAUUGGUUUGCCGCUUGUACUACAGUAGCUCAAACUCUUACCUGACGACGGUACACCAAGUGCUGGAGGAGAUUUACUUCAACGUGAGCACGUUGGAGCAGAAUGAGUCUUACAUAACGAAUUGCAAGAGAAUUUUUGGGGCGACGAUGCUGCAUUUGAAGGAGUACGUUCAGCACACGUUCAAUGAUGAUGUAGAAGACGUCGGUGUGUUGGUGAUAUCAUGCCUUCAACGUUGGAUACUCUCAAUGAUGAUAUUCUUUCUCUUGGCGAUAGCCGAAAGAACUUUCACGCAACGCGUUCUCUAUGCCAAGUUAUUUUCUCAUUUAACCUCAUCGAGGCGAGCGCGAAAAUCGGGACUACCACACUUCAGACUGAACAAAGUAAUCAACAUCAAAACUUGGCUGUCAGUGAGGUCAUACCUCAAAAAACGUGGACCACAGAGGUCAGUGGAUGUCAUCGUUUCUACUGCUUUCAUCGCAAACUUGCUGUUGUUGACGUUUUUGUGCGUCGAAGUCUUGAAGGAUUCAGUAGUCUUCUCCUUAGCGUAUAUGGAGGCCCUGAUUUGGUGCUUGGGCUUGGGCAUUUUUCUACUGAGGUUCAUGACGCUUGGUACAAAAAUCAACAAGAAAUAUAGAAAUCUGCCCGUUCUAAUAACAGAACAGAUUAAUUUGCAUCUACAGAUUGAGCAAAAACCGCAUAAAAAGGACGAGCUUAAUGUUGCUAACAAUGUUCUCAAGUUAGCUAUAGAUCUCCUAAAGGAAUUAGAAAACCCUUUCAAGAUAUCUGGACUUUCUGCGAACCCUAUACUGUACAACGUCACAAAACUAGUAAUUCUCUCAGCACUCUCUGGUGUUUUUUCAGAAAUACUAGGGUUUAAGUUGAAACUGCACAAAAUCAAGCUGAAAUAAUAGGAUAAACCUUUAUUUUCGUGAUAAGCUUUGAAAAAGCGGCAGUCUACAGAGUGAUAUUUUUAGUUUACCAAGAUUAUUGAUACCAUUAUGUGAGGCCAGUAAUGUUUACUUCAUACAGGGUGUUCAUUUGAAAACUUUCAACACAUCAGAUUUAUUUAUUUCAAAUGACAAGGGGUAUCGAGUAAUAUCUUGUUUAAAAGGUCUUUCGAAGUCCUUCGUUCUCAAGAAAAUUAGCAGCCGUUUUGAAUUUUUUGUAACCUAUACCGAUCCGACGAAUCCAAAUAAGAAUAGAAUAAAAUCAGAGAAUGUUACAAAUAUGACAGGAUCAAGCUUUCAACUAAUUUUUUCCUAGUUUUAAAGUUUAAAAUGAACCGGUUAGAGUAUAAAAGUUUUAAUUUGGCAUUCAUUUUCUGAGACAGGUAACCGAUGUGUCUAUCAAACUUCAAGUUGGAGUCCAAGAUAACACCCAGGUUUUUAGAAUGUUCUACCAUGGGGAUGUGCUCGUUAUUUAUAAUGAGUACAAUUGCGUCCUUUGUGUUAUUAUUAAUGUGUUUCGGAGAAAAAAGCAUACUUGAACUCUUUUCAGGAUUGAUCAUGAGACAGUGCUUUUUACAAAAAUCCGUAAUAUUGAUUAGGUCAGUAUUAAUUUUAAACGACACUUCAUUUAACUGAGCAUAUUUGAAGUGAAAUGAUAAUUGUAUGUCAUCAGCAUACGUUUGUAUAGAACAAAAUUCAACACAUGAGUCGAAGUCUAUAGUGUAAAUUAAAUAUAGCAUAGAUCCCAGAACUGACCCCUGCGGAACGCCAGACGAAACCACAGUACUAGAAGAGACGCCCCUGACCGUCUUAACUACCUGUUUUCUUUUUUCAGAUAGUCCAAUGUACUUCAGCUUGCUGAACAUGAUUUUGUGAUUAUCUGUAUCAAAGGCUUUUGAAAAAUCAAUCACCACUAAUAUGGUAUUCAUAUGUCUGUCUAAGUUACCUACGAUGUUGUCAGUUAGAUGUAGCAAAGCUGAAGUAGUGCUAUGUCCCGCACGAAAUCCUGAUUGAUGAGGAGGAAACAAGUUAUUUUGCUCUAAAUAUUCCACUAGUUGAAUGUACACUGCUUUCUCUAAUACCUUCGAACAAAAGCACAGCAAACUAACAGGCCGCAAAUGAUUAUGAGUGGUUGGAUUUUUUGCUUUGUCUAAAGGGAUGAUAAUGAUCCACCAUGAAUUAGGAUCAUUUCCAAUCUUUCGGCUAGUGUGUAAACCAUUUUGGAAGUAAAAUCUGAAUUAAUAAAUUAAUUUUCACUAUCCCAAGAUUGUCACAAAGGUAACUGACAGCAAAUUAAAUUAUUUCUUUCCCUAAGCAACAAAUAACUAAACAGGUUCGCCCAGAAUAUCUGGGUUGAUGAAAAGAAUGCGGAAAAAAAAUCGGGUUAUUUGGUUGUCGCUGUUGCUGUUUAUGUUGGCAGUUUCCGUUUUAAAUUAUAAACGAAUUGUAGAUUUGGUAAACACCUAAUGGGCAACAUUUUGAACGUUUAUUGAAAUAAAAUGUGAUAUUUUGGUGUGUGUGUCGUGAAAACGACUGAUUUUAAAAAAUCAAACCUAAAUAAAGGACGUUCAAAUAAGCUAUUACUCGAUACCCCUUGUCAUUUAAAAUUGUUAAGUGAAUGACCCUGGAAGUGAAGUAGUUUUUGGUUAAAAAGCUGUCCCCUUGACGUUUUUUCUUUUAAUCAGUAAUUUUCCAUAAAUCUGUGGUGGGGAAUAUUCAAAUGAACACCCUGUAUAUGUGUUUAUUAAUUUAUUCAGCAAGCCGUUUUGAACAGCUAUUUUUAUGUUUAAUUUUACAUAUUUUAAUUUACCUCACGCCUGCUGGCGAGGAAGUAUUGUAAUCGUUAAAAAGUUCGAAAAUGAGAUAUUGUAUUUUGAAAUUCGGUCAAGUGGUGGCGGAGCUAGGGGCAAAAAAAUAAAAUUCUUCAAACUUUUUUUUGAUAUUUCAGCAGCUCCUCAAUAUUUUCAGAAAAGUCUUUGUAUUGGGGUUGUAAGCGGUAGGUAUAUCUCAAAUGCUUUUUGUUAGUAUAGUUAUAAGCUCCGAACACCGGUUAUUAUACGCACCUAUUGGAACAUAUUUCACACAUGAUAAAUUUCCCUGCACAUUUGUCAUUGAAACUUGAAUGAAAAAUGUUUCCGAUACGCGUCCCUGGUUUUGUUGUCCUGUGUUCAGCAGCUGGCGUGCCGGUCUUUAUGAGUUUCCUAUAUUGCCGCGUCAUGCGGAGAGUGUGCGGAAGGGCGACGUUGUCAGUAUUACCGGUAGGGCAGGGAAAUAAUGUCUAUGGACCUGUUUGACUAACUUGAUCCAGUUAUUUUUUUUGUUGUACAUGUACAAGUGCAAAAUCAGCCUAUUUGAUGCCAUUUUUUUAGUAGUAUUUUCUAUGAAAAGCUCUCCGUAUAGUACCUGCAGGUUGUCAUUUAUUGAACGUUUCUGUGGAAAAAUACGCUUUUAUAGCAUUAAAUGCUUCUUGUGUUGUUUAACAAUUUUAAUUGUGAUAGUAGU